AUGGCUUGGCAGGUGAGCAUGCCCCAGCUGGAGGACCGGCUGCAGUGCCCCAUCUGCCUGGAGGUCUUCAGGGAGCCCCUGAUGCUGCAGUGCGGCCACUCCUACUGCAAGGACUGCCUGCUGGCCCUGUCGCGCCACCUGGACUCGGAGCUGCGCUGCCCCGUGUGCCGCCAGCCGGCGGACUGCAGCAGCUCGCCGCCCAACGUCUCCCUGGCGCGGGUCAUCGAGGCCCUGCAGCUGCCCGAGGAGCCGGAGCCCAGCGUGUGCGCACACCACCGCAACCCGCUCAGCCUCUUCUGCGAGCAGGACCAGGAGCUCAUCUGCGGCCUGUGCGGCCUGCUGGGCUCCCACCAGCACCACCGGGUCACACCCGUCUCCACCGUCUACAGCCGCAUGAAGGAGGAUCUUGCAGCCCUCGUCUCCGACCUGAAGCAGGAGCAGAAGAAGGUGGAGGAGCACAUCGCCAAACUGGUGAACAACCGCACGCGGAUCGUCAACGAGUCGGACGUCUUCAGCUGGGUGAUCCGCCGCGAGUUCCAGGAGCUGCACCACCUGGUGGACGAGGAGAAGGCCCGCUGCCUGGGCGGCGUGGAGGCGCACACCCGGGGCCUGGUGGCCUCGCUGGACAUGCAGCUGGAGCAGGCCCAGGGUGCGCAGGAGCGGCUGGCGCAGGCCGAGCGCGUGCUGGAGCAGUUCAGCAACGAGAGCCACCACGAGUUCAUCCGGAACUACCACUCCCUGGCCUCCAGAGCGGAGCUGCAGCAGGCCCGGCCGCUGGACGGCGCGUUCAGCCCCAUCUCCUUCAAGCCUGGCCUCCACCAGGCCGACAUCAAACUGACCGUCUGGAAAAGGCUGUUCCGGAAAGUUCUGCCAGCCCCGGAGUCGCUGAAGCUGGACCCGGCCACCGCACACCCGCUCCUGGAGCUGUCCAAGGGCAACACGGUGGUGCAGUGCGGGCUCCUGGCCCAGCGGCGCGCCAGCCAGCCCGAGGGCUUCGACUACAGCGCCUGCGUCCUGGCCAGCCGCGGCUUCUCCUGCGGCCGCCACUACUGGGAGGUGGUGGUGGGCGGCAAGAGCGACUGGCGCCUGGGCGUCAUCAAGGCCACGGCCAGCCGCAAGGGCAAGCUGGGCAAGUCGCCGGAGCAGGGCGUGUGGCUGAUCGGCCUGAAGGAGGGCCGGCUGUACGAGGCCUUCGCUGGCCCGCGGGUGCCCCUGCCCGUGGCGGGCCGCCCGCACCGCAUUGGCGUCUACCUGCACUAUGAGCAGGGAGAGCUCACUUUCUUUGACGCCGACCGGCCCGAUGACCUGCGGCCCCUCUACACGUUCCAGGCCGACUUCCAGGGCAAGCUCUACCCCAUCCUGGACACCUGCUGGCACGAGAGGGCCAGCGACUCGCUGCCCAUGGUCCUGCCCCCGCCCGGUGGGCCCGGCCCCCUGGGCCCCCCGCAGCCCACCAAGCUGUAG